AACUGAAAUUGACCAAUCAGAGCUAAAUAAUGCCUAGACAUAGCCCCGUACAUACCACAGCAUAAGUAGCGUGGGUAUACGAUAAGCCAUUGCAAAGACACCGUUAUUGCCUAUUCAACUACUUCAUUGAACUCUUAUCACCAUGGGAAAGAAAGAAGCAGGAAAGCCUAGAGGACGUAUGUCUGCAUAUGCAUUCUUUGUCCAGACUUGCCGUGAAGAACACAAGAAGAAACAUCCAUCUGAGGGAGUCCAGUUUGCUGAAUUCUCAAAGAAAUGCUCCGAUCGUUGGAAGUUGAUGGGUCCACCAGAGAAAAAGAGAUUUGACCAGAUGUCUGAGAAAGACAAGAGCCGUUAUGAGCGUGAAAUGGCUGCCUGGACCCCAACUGAGGAGGGAGCUGGCAAGAGGAAGAAGCAGAAGAAGGACCCCAAUGCACCAAAAAGGGCACUGUCUGCAUUUUUCCACUACUGUGCUGAGGAACGUCCCAAAGUGAGAGAGGCAAACCCAUCCUACUCUGUGGGUGAUGUAGCUAAAGAACUUGGAGCGAGAUGGGCUAAGGUCACUGACAAAACCAAAUACGAUGCCCUAGCAGCUGCAGACAAACAGAGAUACGAAGCUGAGAUGGCCAACUACAGAGGAGGUGGUGGUGCAAAGAAACAAAAGGUGUCACCAGUGAAGGCUGUCAAAGCUCCCGUAGCUGAAGUAGAUGAGAGUGACGAAGAAGAAGAUGAUGACGAGGAAGAAGAUUCUGAUUAAAUUGAACAUUUAAAAGUAGAACACUGAAUCUUCACCUCACAUUUUUAAGCAUUUGUCAUGUACUGCGAAUCAAAAUUCAGUCAAAAUUUGCAGACAGAUUUACCUCCUUGAUUUCAGGUGAAUCUUCAGCUGCUACCUUAACAUCAAACCUAAGUGGAUAUUCACACUCCUUUUUAUAUUGGGUGAAUUUUUUCGAUAUUUUCCAGGAGUUCGCUUGUAAUUGUCAUUAUUAAAGAGGAGGUUGGAGAUAGUGUAAAGCUUGUGUGUCAUUGGUUCAAAGUUUUGUGUCAUAUGUGUAUGGAGACUGAUCAGUGAUCACUUGUAAAUAACUAAUUUGAAUUAUCCUGUACUGUUGUCCUGCAAGAUGUAAUUUAAAUGAGAUUACAUUAGGUAAUGAUAGACACCUCAGUGUUGAAACACAGGGCAUUUUUGAGAUGUUUAAAAACUGUUUUAAUCUAUUUUUAGCCCUUGUUUAUAAUGCCUAUGCUGAUACACAGGAGUUUUCAUUGUUGUAUAUUUUGAACAUUGAGAAGUAAUUUGUAAAUAGUCAAACAGAUAUAUCUAUUCAAAUAGAAUCAGAAUAUUGUUUAACGACCGACAGUUGAUCUCAAAGAUUUCUAUAGUCCUCUACUUUAUUAUCGAAUUCCUAAAUUUUGUUGAUUUUUGACAAUGUUAAUUAUUAUUCCAUUCUCUGGAUAUCCACUAUGUAUAUAGGCUACAAUUCACAAAUGUACAUGAUCUUACCGUUCUUUUACCAUGACUAUGUUUUAAGUUCGCUUUGAUUUUAAAUCGCAUGAAGAAAUGUUAUAAAGGUAUACUAUUCUGCUAUUGUAAUAUUAGUUUUACUGACUGAAUGAGCGUAAUUUAAUGUGUUCAACACUAGAACUUUGGAGCAGAAUUUUUUGAUAGAAAAUUAUAUUGAGGAACAAUUAUGUCAAUAUCCUAAAUAACUUGAGGGUGUUAAAGUUACUCUAUUUUUGAUAUAUGCUAUAAUUGGUUUCUUACACAUAAAUACUAUGCUAACUCAAGUUUUAGUAGUGUUUGUACAGUUUCUUUCAUGUAGGGAUAUUAUUUUUUGUAAAAUGUAGAUAUUAAUCUGAAAAAAUAAAGAAAAAUACUUAAUUGAUUAUUGUUUGUAAUUAACUGUUUGGAAAUGAUUGGAGCUCAAUCAGUUGACCUCAAAUGACCCGAACGAGCAAUAUAACUUACCAGUGAAUUGUGUUCACCCAACUUAGUUUUUUCUGUUCCACUGAAGAAUGGGGGACAUUGUUUUUGGUGCCAAGC